AUGGCUUCCAGGGACGGAAACGCGAUUCAGGUGAGCCCAUCUCGGGGGUUUUACGUCAACUUUGAUGUCGAUACCACAUACGCCAUUCCCUUCACUGUGCGGAAUGGUACAGGCUCUAUGUGCACCGUGCGUUUUACGCCCCCUAGUAACCAGCGUGUGUUUAGCAUCAACACCACCUCAGUACGCCUCGCUCCAGGACUUUCACACGUGAUUGAGGCCGAAUUUAUUACGCAUGUGGCACAGGACUACCAGGACAGCUUCGUUGUGUUCACCAACAAUGAGUCUGUCACGGUGCCGCUCGUGGCGAAGUGUAGCCCAGAUCUCGAGUUCCCCGAGGCGGUCAACUUUGGACGUGUUGAGAGGAAUCGUCAUGGCUUGUCGAAGGUGCUGCGGCUCACGAAUAAAGGUCGGCGGGAGAAGCAAGUGCACAUCGUAAUGACAGCACAAGCCACUGGAGUCACGGUGAACCCGCAGCAGUGUGUCGCCCCGCCAAUGGGCUUCGUUGACGUUUACCUUGAGCUCUUGAAACUCGAUGUUGGCUUCCAUCGCUUGCCGCUCCGGAUCGACGUGGUUGGCGAGGCAGAACACCGGACAGUAAUGCUGGAGAUUGAAGUGAUGGACAGCAAAGGCCUCCUACUUGACCCCCGCACCGCUACGGAGGUACACGCGCUAAAUUUUGCCAAAACCUACUCUGGCACGCGACGCGUGGUGGAGGUGGAUGUGCGUAACGAUAGUGAACAAACGGUGAGCUUUGCGUUUCAGGUUGCAGGAGACGCCUCUGCUGAGCAGCAGCAGCAGCAGCAGCCGUUUGAUUUUAUCCCGCGACAGGGUCGACUCGGUCCACACGAGAUAACACGCGUAACUGCUGUUUUUUCACCGCCCAUCUCGUAUUCACCGAACGGAUGGUCGUGCCGCCGCGAGAAUCGAUACGCUUUAAGUACCACAUAUGAAACUCUUUACUCGCUGCUUUUUCUGGAGAUGGAGCACGCGCACACGGUGCGUGUGAUUGGGACGAGCACAACUACGGUAGCAUGGCUUUCGCAAGCUGUUGUGGACUUUGGUCAGUGCGCCAUGAAUGACUACCGCGACGUGACUGUGACUGUGCACAACGGGCAUAAAGAGAUGCCGUUGCAGUUUACAUUCCCCCGUGUUGCACACUUUUUAAUCGACCCUGACAAGGGGGAGGUGAAGCCUGGGGCCUCAUGCGAUGUUCGCUUGUCAUUUCGCCCACGUCGCUUGGGCGUCUUUGAGGAGCAUUUGAGGGUUGUGUUCAAUGAAACGGAGAAAGAAAACCUGACGCUCUCAGGGGUAGUGAAGUCACUCGUUCCAAUGCCGAAGAUUAUUGGCGGAGUGGAUAAACUGCCGGAGGAUUUUGUCAGCGUGCAGAAGGGUGUCAGGUUAGUACGGGAGUCGCCCCGCGCCAGCGCCGGUCCCGCGGCGGCGACGAGUGUGGAUGCAGUGGACAUUGGCAUGAUUCCAGCGGAGGGCCUGCAGCCCCCCGAGCCGGAGCUUCCCACCGCCACUUACAAACGAAAGUCUAAGGGCGGGUUUUCAAUCUUGCGAGGGCCCGAUCAUUUUUCACCCGUUUCGUUGGACGCGAAGACACUCAUCCGGAAGGUAUUUAAAGAGACUCCGAGCAACGUGAUGGAGCGGCGGGAUUGCCGGCGGGAGUUGCAGCCAAUGGAGUUCCUGCGCAUCGCGGCUCCUAUCAAAGUGAUGGACUACCAGCGGGUAACCGUAGGCUCCACUUCAAUCAAAACGUUUUUCUUGUAUAAUGGGACCGACGCCGCAGUGUUGGCAGAGAUGCCAACGGAGGAAACACAUGUGUCCUUUUCUCCACACUCGCAGGUUAUUCCAGCUGGCCGUGCUGCCGCGUACGAUGUGAGUUUCUGCAGCUCAGUGGUUCAGACAUACCAGCAGAUUGUGCAGAUCAAAAUUAAUGGGCGUUACAUGCUGCGAUUCACAGUGCAAGCAGAUGUUGUGCCUGUGGAGGUGACCUUGUCACGUGACGACGUGGUGCUGAAUUUCACAGACUUUGCUGAUGACUCUAUUGCACAUGCCACCGUGACACUUUUUAAUCACGGGAACAGCGAGGCGGCUUACACUUGGUCGCUGAAUACUGGUCCAUUUGCGAUUGAGCCGACGAGUGGCUCUAUUGCCCCAAUGAGUAAGGUAACAGCACAGUUAACCUUUAGUCCACCUCAAGGGGUUCUCAACGCUGAGACGACGGCAAAACUGCACGUGAAAGGGGCAUUGGCGACGCGAGUACUUCAUCUAAAGGGCAUCAUUGCCCCCACUUUGUGUGUAUGGUCUACUGCUGUCGGCGAUGGCGCCGGCAGCGCCAUGAGUAUAACAUCAGGAGGUGAAUGUUUACUUAAAUUGAAUCAGGUACCUGCCGGUGCGACGACAAAAGCGAAGGUUAUGCUGCACAACAAGGGUCGCAACAGUGCUUUAUUUUCCUUUGAAUCCAUACCAGAUUGGCUGACUGUCACACCAAUGUGUAGGCAUGUUGGGGUGGGUGAAACGGAGGAGAUUACACUUGCAGUGCAUCAUGACACGCCAGGUUUGGUCCAGGCUUCUUUGCAGUGUUGCGUGCGUGGCAUGAAGCGACCGCUGAAGCUGGGCCUGACCGCUGAGGUGUGCGUGGCGCCGCUGAGUAUUAUCUCACCUUCACGGAGCAUUGGAGAAAUUUUUUUGGAGUUUGACUCGGUUUAUAUUGGAACGGAGAAGACACUGCCGGUGCGUUUUUGUAACAGUGGCGACGUGGCGGCUGUUGUUUUUGUGGACCUCCGCAAUCUUCCAGAGUACUCGCUGCGCUGCCCAAACGACGGAGCGGUAUCGCUGGAGUGGAAGGGUCGCGGCGAGCCCGUUCCCGGUGAGGUGUACGUUACCAUCCCGCCCCGCAGUGAGGCGGGGGUGCUGGUUGUGUACCGUCCCACCAGCGUAGGCAAUGAUGAGCGGUUCCUUGUGGUGUGGCGGCAUAUUGGUACGGAUGAGAUGAAUCCACUGAUGCCACUCGUAAUUUCUGCACGGGCGGUGGUGUCUAAAAUAGUUGUCAGGCAACAAUGUUUUGAAUUCCCGCGCACAGUUAUCGGGACCACUGCCGUGCCAUUAACACUCACGAUUGAGAACGUCUCUGGGGAUUCGGUGCGAUGGGAGUUGCUCUUGGCCCGUGACGAGAACAGCAAUGGUGACGACAAGAGCACUGCUGGUGAGGCAAGUCCUUUCCGGAUGAAUCCCGAGAGCGGCACCUUGGCUCCUCACAAAAGUCAAUUGGUGCAUGUCACAUUUGUGCCGAACUUAGAAGGCGAUCGGCACGAACGCUACUGUGUGUACCUGGAUGGAAACCAUCUACGUCCUUGUGCGGAGGUGCGUGUGUCUGGGCUCGCUGCCCUGCCAUGCAUCGUAUGCGACAGAGAUGAACUUAUCUUCCCUGCUGUUCCUCUUAACGUUGUGGUGCAAGAGACGAUGUAUAUUGCAAACGAUGGCUUUGACUCCAUUGAAAUACGAUACUCCAACAAAGAAGCGGGUCCACUCCGCGUCACGUUCCCACAUGGUGCGAUCUUUAAGUCCUCGUCACGUAUUCCAGUCUGUGUGGAGUUUUGUUCUCCCAACCCUGUCUCGCUUUCAACAUCUAUCACCUUUACAACAGAUGUGGGCGAAACACUCACAAUUCCUGUUACCGCCACAGCUAUCAACUCUUUCCUUACGACCGCCCCUUACGUUAUGUUUCAGCGUGGUCGCUCACACAUCAGCGUCGCUGAAGACGUCACUACAGGGGGAGGGCAUAGUGAAGUGGAACAGGAGACGGAGGGGAAGGAGGAGUGGUUGUUGCCAUUCAUAUACUAUGAUGAUAUUUCCGUGUUUCCUGCUGGCACCGCUGCCGCUGCUUCGACCACCACGGCACCUGUUUCCUACCCACUCGCAAGGAGUGUUGAGUCUCACCUGAUGCUUACACCUGGUCCAUUUGGCUUUGUGGAUGCCGUUGGACGCGACGUGUAUUCACGACGCGCGAUUGAAAAUCUUCAAAUGUGGCUAAACCAGUGCAUUUUUCAAAAGCCUGUCAGUGAUCUUAUCCCUGCGCUGCAAUCAACGGAUGGACGCCCACUUCUUGAGGCGGCGUACCGAAUCUCCGGUAAGAGGCCUAGCAAGCUGGCUCAACCCAGUGGCGAGGAAAGAUCACUUGCUUCUCUUCAGUUGCUGACGUCAUUAAUCAAGUCGAAGGGUGGAUGUUUGAGUGACGUUCGCCUUCAGUAUUUAAUGUCGUACAGCGCGUAUUGCUCGCUUUUGGAGGGCCGAAGUGUGGAUGUUUUACCACCAUCCGUCUUUGCUGUGCGUGCUGAUCAUGCGUGGGUGACAGUUAUUUUGCAGUUUAUUCGUGUGUUUUACCUUCCCAAGGUGGAUCUUACGGCCAUGCUUCAGCUUUACCCCGCGAUGAAAAAGUAUCUUCCUCGCUCCAACUGGGACUCCGCACUGUUUCAGGCGGCACUUCGCGAUAGCAAUGUUUUUAGCCCGGAAGAAGGCCUACUGCUGCGGUGGGUGUCCUACAAUAUGCACAGAUGCGUGAAAGCCGGGGUGGUGAAGAGUACGACGAGGGUCAUCCGGGGGUUUGACGACCUACGCGACUGCCUAGGUGUGCUUGCCUGCAUUCUUACAUACGUACCCUCGGCAGCUACACGCUUGUUACCGAUGGAACGCCUCAUUGCAGAGCCCACAACACAAAUGGAGAUGGAAACCAAUGCUGCGGUGCUUCUUGGUGCGUUGACGUACAUUGGAUUUCCUGCUCAGUUCACGCCGCGUGAACUGCUGGAGUACAACACAGUUGACUGGCUGCUGCUUGUCGUGACGCUCUUUAUUUUUUUGCCACGCUUCAUCCCAUCUGCCCUUCUUUCACUGGAGGGGAAACUGCUGUUUCCAAUGUCACGGUCAGUGGAGGUGGCGAACACAUCGAACACUGAACGUGUUUACACUGUGGAAAUGGACAACCCCGCCUUUCGCGCUUUGCCGCGGGAAUUUAGCGUCGAUGCUGGGGGUGUGGUACAACUUAGUGUGGAGGUGACGUUGCGUUUUAAUCGUCGUGUGGAAGGGGAGUGCGUAGUUGUGGAUACUUCUGCAUGCCUCAUGGAGGAGCGUGCACCCAUGGUGUUUCGUCUUGCUGCCAUGCCCAACGAUGAACCGCUGCGUGUCGUACAUAUUCAGACGCCGCUUUACACUGCACUACAGUAUGAGAUGCUUGUGGAGAGCCCUUUCCAAGAGAGUUGUGUUGCCACCUUACGCUUUGCUCAGGAGUACAAGAAUGACGCUGCGUAUCCUGAGGGGGAUUUUGGUAAAACCCUGCAUAACGCCUUCAACAUCUCCGCCGGCGUCGUUCCAUUCCACCGCGGCGAGAAAACAAAGGUGAUGAUACAGUUUGUCCCCUGCGCCCGCGGCACAUACGAGGCGCGCAUCACGUUUCAUGACGAACAGAAAGGUGAAUUCUCCUACCUUGUCGUUGGCACCUGCACAUCACCAAAAGUGACGGAUAAAGUGAGCGUCCGGGCCGAGUCCGGGGAGGAGUGCACGCACACGUUCUUGGUGAAGAUUCAGAAUGUGCCGUUUGAGCGAAUGUUGCGUUCACUUGGGGAGCAUCGCCGCACCCCUGUCUCACACUCAGCGAAAACUUUCCUUAUGCCCGACCUUGUGGGCGUGCCUUACACUGUGACAUUUGUAAAUGAAACCAACAUUGGACCGAAUCCGUUUUACCGCGGGCCUGAGAGUAUUACCUUUGUGUCAGGUGAGUCAAUGGUACCACUUAGUUUUUCAUUUUUACCUAAACAACUUGGUGAGUACAAUGGUUAUAUUCUGCUUGCUUCAAAGUACGAUGUGCGCAGCAUUCAAGUGACUGGGAAGUGUGUUCCAACUGGGGAAAAAGGCGUUAUUCGUUUUGCCUGCCCUGCAAGACAAUGUAUCACCCAGGGUUUGCAUCUCAAUAACAAAAGCAAUGAGAAUUGGCUUAUCACGGCCACCGUGGAAGGUCCAGGCUUCAGUGGACCAAAAGAGUUGUGUGUCCCACGUGGGAAGCAACGCGAGUAUCUACUGCGUUACAGCCCUGCAUGGAUCUCUUCUGCGAAGGGAAAUCUAACUUUGUUCAACAACGAGACAGGGGAACGUUGUACAUACACCCUAAUUGGCGAGGCGGAGGAGCCCUUGUCAGAGGAUGUACUUAUUAUUGAGUGCCGGGCACGCGAACGUCAUACCGUGCCAUUGAUCGUGCCUGACGUCAAUGGUGUGGAUGCCACGUAUCAUGUAGAGACAGAUCUUCCUUUUGCACGAGGGGGGUCGUCUGUGCUCGUGCACAGGGGAUCCACCGCAAGGUACUUGCUUGUGCUGCAUCCUAUGAUGGGUGGCACCUAUUCUGGGACUGUUGUUUGCCGUGCCCCCAAUGGACGAUAUGCCUGGUACGCUGUAACGGUUAAUGUCAGUCCCCCUGAGAAGGAGGGUACGGUUGAAAUAAGGACAGAUACACGCACUCCUGUGACAGCUGAUGUGAGUAUCCAUAACACGACUGACAAGGCCCUUGUGUUUAAUGUGCGUGGCUUCGGUCCGGGUCUCUUUGGUGAGAAUUCCUUGCUUGUGGAGGCAGGUGACCCUGCAGUUUACUCUUUGCUAUUUGUUCCGUCCCAAAUUGGAUCCUUUGACGGGCGUCUCGCAUUCUACAGUGACGAAGCAGGCGAGUUCUGGUACGAACUUCAUAUUAUUGUGGAAGAGGCGGCUUCAGAGGAAAUAGCCUUUGAAAGUGAGAUUGGUGUUCCAGAUGUACGGCAAGUCCGAAUACCUAACAACACCGCCGUUGAACGGAAUCUUUACGUCUCCAACACUAAUUCUCGUAACUUCUCCACCGCGCCAGCUCUUCUGAUGAUUCCACCCUACUCCGAGCUGACCGUUGAUAUUGUGUAUACGCCCACUGCCGUAGAGAAGCCCCAGGAGUCGAUCCUUAAGUUAUACAAUCCAGAUCUUGGCGAGUGGCGAUAUCUCUGCCGCGGUGUGGGCCUGCAGCCUGCGGAGAGUUUGCCAGUUGAGUGCGUGUGUGAGGUAGGGGGAAAGGUGUCAGUUACGCUCAAGAUCAAGAAUCCAUUCGAUGCUCCUAUGAUUCCCAACGUCGCACUCGCCAGCGACAAGGAGGGCUAUUACGCCUUGACUACAAUGACGCAGAUGCCAUGCAUCGCCCCAGGUGCGGAGACUGCCAUUUCACUGAUCUACACGCCCAGGUCUGUUGGUCACCAUGAGGCAACCGUCCUUGUGCGUCCCGAGUCUUUGACAAAGGAGGUGCAAGAUGUUACAUGGAGGUUUCCUCUGAGAGGUGUGGCGGAAUGGCGUUGCCGUGACGCGCCUCUGCGGUUCCGUUGUGUGGCACGACGUCAGAUGGAGGAAACCAUUACGUUGAACCCAUCGGGACUCACAGAAGAGGAAAAGGACAUCUCCAUGGUGUUGGAAUUGGAACGUCAGCAGCAGUACGCGAGUGCCGUGGAGUCAAGUUUUCAAACUAGUUUGGACGCCUCUAAAAGAGCAGGUGGGUUGCUCACUGUGAAUGUGCGCUUUGCUCCUUUGCGUCCUUUCCUUGCCACGGCUGACCUUGUUGUUCGCUCUGACAAGGGUGCGGUUUGGCGGUAUUCCGUCGUUUUGGAUGCUGUACGCGCGGAGGUGGACGAUGUGGUGACUAUUAAGGCGGCCCCCCGCACCGUAUCCGCCGUCACAUUUGCCAUGUAUAAUGUGUUUCCGCACAGUUCUCCCUUCAGUGCCUAUUUUACUCCCGAAAGCUCGCGGGAUUUGUCUGUGAUAAACACCCGUGGGGUGCUGCAUCCGUUUUUGGUAGGUCAGCGGAGCCCAGGGAACGCGACGCCACUGCAGGUGCGGUUCGCCCCCUCGGCACGUCUGCCGCAGGUGGAGGGGACGCUUAUUGUUGACACAGAGGAUAUGCAGUGGUCCUUUAAGGUGAUAGGGAAGCUUGAGGACAGCCACAUGCGGUAG